AAAGUUAAAUUUUAAACUACCCAUUUAUUUUCAACAAAAGAAAAUCCAUACCUUUCAUCAAAUUAAUAAAUUACACAAUAAAUUCUUUAAAAAUUGUAUUGAAAAUAAUUUUUUAAAAGUUGAAUACAAUUAUCCAAUUACAAGAAAAAUGAGUACUAAGCCUGAAAGCGAAGUUAGUGAAGGAUUACCUUUUAAAACUUUAAGAUUUUUACCAAAAAAUGGACAAGAGAAAAAGAAUUCUGCUAUAUUAGUCUUACAAGAAUGGUGGGGGAUUAAUGAACAAAUCAAAAUUCAUGCUCAACGUAUUGCUGAUAAUACAAAUACAUUGACUGUUGUUCCCGAUCUUUACAAAGGUAAACUUGGCUUAUCUCAAGAGGAAGCGAGUCAUCUAAUGACUAAUUUGGAUUGGAAACAUGCGUUAGUGGAGUUAGAGUCACUUGUUGACUCUUUGAAUAAAGAAAAUCGAGAAAAAAUUGGAUCCAUCGGAUUUUGUAUGGGAGGUGCUAUGAGUCUUGCUCUUGCAUCACAUUUGAAGCCAAAGAAACCUUUGAGCGCGGCUGUUACUUGUUAUGGUAUUCCAUCUCCGACAAUUUGUGAUUUGUCUGUUAUUGCUGUAACAACUCCCGUGCAGGGUCAUUUUGGAAAGGAAGAUAAUAUGACUGGGUUUAGUGAUCUAAAUGCUGCUAAUUCUCUUGAAAGACAACUUGAAGAAGGAAUAGAAAGAUUUGAUGAGCCAGGAAAAGAAAUUGCAAUUUAUAGAUAUGACGGACAAGGUCACGCAUUUUUGAAUGAUGAAGAAUGGGCAUUAAAAAUGCGCAAAGAACUUGGUUUUGUCGGUGGUGAUAAUGAUGAAAUUAAAAGUUUAGCUUGGAAGAGAAUUUAUGAGUUUUUUAAUAAAUACUUGUAAAAAAAAAAAAAAACUUGUAUUUAUGUCAACGGAAAACAAGCCCUCACGCUAGCAGAAGAAAUAAAAAAGUAUGAUACUAAGACUCUUAACGAAUUUUUUAAAGGAACAGUAAUUAAGUCUUAAUGAUACUUUUUACUAUGGUCUAAAAAGUUAAGGUUAGUUCGUUCGGUAAUUAAUCAGAUGUUGAUUUGUUGUUUCAAAUUUUUUACUAUAAUUAUGCAGUAUAAUGUAUAUAAUCCUAAAAUUUUUAUUUUCUAAUUUUCUAAUAAAUUAAUCAUACACGUAUACACGUAAGUGAC